CUUCCGUACUCUUCAUGAGAUUGACUGUAUCAGAUACGUGCCUUUGUGCACGAUCACAAGGUUUACCUACGUCCAUCAAAUAAUUUGAACAAUCUCAGAACAGGAUUUUCCUGUUCCUGUAAAUAUAUAUCCGAAAUGCGUCGUAGAGUGACAGGUACUGCGUUCGAGAUGCUGGGCUGUGGUUCUACUAUCACGAGCCCGAGGUUGAGCAAGCUUUUGCUUGCCCCCAUCACGAAAACAAUCACCCCCAUCUCAACAGACAGCAAAUUAUUUCGUUCUACAUCUUUAAUACAGGGACAUACAGAACUGGCACGAGAGAGGUCCAAAACCGUCACGUCGUUUUACAACCAGUCUGCAAUCGAUGCCUCGGCAGAAAAGGCCUUGGUCCGACUGACACCAGCCACCCUGCUCUAUGCUGGGAAGUCUCCGGAUGGAAACCACAUCCUGAGUAGUGCCAAGUACCUGCACAAGGAGUUGCCUGUGCGCAUUGCCCACCGUAUCAAGGGCUUCCGCAGCCUUCCCUUCAUCAUUGGCUGCAACCCCACCAUUCUGCAAGUGCAUGAGCUCUACAUUCGAGCCUACCAUGUGUUGAGUGAUUUCCCAGUGAUCAAGGACCAGGAGAUGGACGCUCGCUACAGUAAGCUGGUGCAGCAGCUCCUGGAUGACCACAAAGAUGUGGUCACUCUGCUGGCUGAAGGCUUCAGGGAGUGUCGGCGGCACAUCCAGGAUGAGACACUGGUCCGUAACUUUCUGGACACCACCCUCACCUCCCGUCUGGGCAUCCGGAUGUUAGCCACACACCACCUUGCCCUGCAUGAAGAAAAUCCUGAUUUUGUGGGCAUCAUCUGCAGGCGACUUUCCCCCAAAAAGAUCAUUGAGAAAUGGGUUGAUUUUGCAAGGCGUCUGUGUGAGCACCAGUACGGUAACUCCCCGCGGGUGCGUAUCAACGGCCAUGUGGCGGCCCGCUUCCCCUUCAUCCCUCUGCCCCUAGACUACAUCCUGCCUGAGCUGCUGAAGAACGCUAUGAGGGCCACCAUGGAAAGCCACCUCGACACACCUUACAACUUGCCUGAUAUCAUAGUCACCAUUGCUAACAACGACGUGGACUUUGUCAUCAGGAUCUCAGACCGUGGUGGCGGCAUCCCCCACAGCAUCCUGGACAAGGUGACGGACUACCAUUACAGCACAGCUGAAGAGAGCAACCAAGACCCUCGCAUGAACAACCUUUUCAACACCUUGACCAACAGUGGGCCUCAGUCCGGCCCAAUGCACGGAUUUGGCUUUGGGCUGCCCACCUCCCGGGCGUAUGCUGAGUACCUGGGCGGUUCCCUGUCCAUCCAGUCCAUGCAGGGCAUCGGCACCGACGUCUACCUGCGCCUGCGCCACAUCGACGGCAAGGGAGAAAGCUUCCGCGUCUAAGACCACUUGCAGGGAGCACAGAUAUAUUUCCACCAAGGGGCUCAACCAUUUCAGUGUAAGCCAGGGCUAAGCUGAUAUAGGUGACCAGUUGGCUCCUCACAAACUGGCCUCUUAAAGUUUCCUAUUUUUGCCUCAACUUUAAAUGGCUGCCCAGUUGGCGCUUUCACCUCUUUUUGUUUUGCGUUUGUCUACGCUUUUCAGCGUUGAGGGUUUUUGAACUCUUGAGCGUACAGGUCAUAAGCAGAGCGUGUUUAGUAGUGUUAGUUUGGUAGAAAGGAAACAAAUCUGCCUUAAAGUUAAUUUGGUCUGCCUUUAAGUUACUUGUGUUGCAUAGCUUCUGCAAAUAUAAAAAGACUAAAGAACAGAAGAGGUCUCUUUACACACUCCAGUAGCUACUAUCUGAGUUUGGAUGACGCUGCCCUUAAAAAUGACUUCUCUUGAAUUGACUGUGGAGGACACCACGGAGGAUACUGCCAAAACAAUGCUUGUGAUUCAAUUUGAAGAAAACAAGCAGAAGGAACUGUUGAGUGAACUCUUGGUUCAGUGCCAUUUUGUCAAGCUCUUAAGCAAGGUCAUGAGCAGAGAUGUUCAGUUGCCUUACUGUGUGCGAUGCUGGUCCUUAUGACGACACGCUAAUGUAACUUGUUCAAUUUCAUCCUUGUAAUGCAAUUUCACACUCAUACCACAUUAGUAAAUCUAAUAAAACAUUUGCAUAAUACAUUCGGGGGGGGGGUUGGAAAUGCUCAUCACUUGCUGUGUCGUCAUAAUAUCUGAACUAUAAGUUGUUUUUUGCUUUCAAUACACUGGAAGAAGAAAGUGUUCAAAAUGUCAAUAUUUCAGAGGUUGCUAACUUCCUAUGUUUGGCUUGGUGUCGAAGGCAUUUUUUACUGAACACAUUCCGAGGAAGGGCAAGUUUUCAAACUUUUGAAACUGUAUUUUCAGUAUGGUGGACAUUGUAAGGUGCAUGAUGAAUUAUCAGAAUAUAGAACUGCAGGUAUGUGGUCUGGCCUGCUGGCAUAAGCGUGCUGGGAAUUUGCAUGUAAAUCCUUCAGUGUAUACAAAUCAGUGAGGCGCAUUUGCAACGUUUCACCUCGAUUAAAUAUACCUCUGGUUAUUAAUAAUGUUCCCUGUGAUUUAAAAGUUUUGGGAUGGGGCUAGGUAGAGAAGAAUUAGUAUCUUUCUAGCAUGAGAAUUCCUGUCGGAUAGACUGCAGUGACCUCAUGAAGUAUGUGCCCUGUCCAAAUCUUCCCCCUGCUGGCAAAAGUGAUGAAGUCUGAUAACUCAAACUAUUAUGCUGUUUUUUUAUGGCUUGUAUACAGAACAAAAAUAUGAAUGCAACAUGUGAAGUUUUGAUUUCAUGAGCUGAAAUAAAAUAUUCCAAAGAUUUUCCAAAAGCUUCUUUCAAAUUGUGCACAAAUUUGUUUACAUCCCUGUUGGUGCGUAUUUCUCCUUUCCCAAAAGAAUCCAGCCAGUGUGGCAUAUUGAAAAGCAUGAUUAUAACACAGGUGUGCCCUGUGCUAUGCACAAUAAAAGGCCACUCUAAAAU